CAAAAGGGAUCAUGGCAGCAUAGUUUUAAAGGACAGACACAUUCUUCCAGCUCCACUAAUCCUCCUCUGAUACAGAGGAUUUUCCUGCCAUUAAAUUAUCACUUUGGAGGGGAAAAAAUGCCAACUCUUCAGAGAUGGACCAGUAGAACUAAUGGCAGGGUCCAGAGAAGGAUGGAGGAUGAAGCCAUUGCUCCGUUAGGCACAUUUCAGUGGUUCACCUCAUGUUAAAAACUUGGUCAAGCCCUUGCUGAAAAGCCCUGUGAAGAAUAGUACAAAACUGAAAUGUGCACUGAAAAGACACAGACACUAUAAUGGGAUGAUGAUAUGUGUAAAUGACAAUGGACUGAAACUAUCUUGGAUCCUUCCAUCUACUUUUAGAUCACAGAAUUUUACUUGCCAGACCUGAAAUGCCACAAGUGAAUAAUCAAGGUGAUGUUUGUCAUCAUUUUAAAUGUCAUUCUUUGUAUCCCCCACAUCCAUGCUGUGUGGGCCUGUGUACGUUCCUGCCCUGCCAACUGCGUGUGCACGCAGGAGCGGAGCUGUUCUGUCCUGUGUGACCGUGCCGGCCUUCUGCAGAUCCCCAGCGACUUCCCCUGUGAAGCCUCUUCUAUCAACCUGGAUAAAAACAGUAUUAAAUUCGUUUCAGAGAGGGCCUUUGGGACCCUGCCUUCUCUCAAAUCUCUCUCACUCCAGCACAACAACAUCUCCUUCAUCACUCCCGGGGCUUUCAAAGGGCUACCCAGGUUGACUGAGCUUAAAAUGGCUCACAACGAAUACAUCCGCUACCUGCACACUCGCACUUUUACUGCCCUCAAAAGGCUUGUCAGACUAGACCUAGCUGACUGCAACCUUUUCAAUAUCCCAGACAGGAUUUUCAUAGAGCUCCCUGCCCUUCAGGAGCUCUUGUGCUUUCAGAACAAUUUCCGAAGGAUCCCUGGGGCCAUACGAGGCAUGGAGAAUUUGACCCAUGUUUACUUGGAGCGAAACAAGAUAGAAGCUGUAGCCUAUAAUUCUCUGCAGGGCCUGACCAGGCUGAAGUAUCUUAACCUCCAAGACAACAGAAUAAAUGUCAUUCAUGACCAAGCCUUUCAAGAUUGUCAGAAAAUGGAGUAUCUCUACCUGAAUGACAACUUACUCAAUGACCUCCCAGAAAACUCCUUUGACGGGCUGAGGCACCUGAAAAUGCUCAAUCUUGGUGGGAACUUUCUCAGGAACGUGUCCAACACCUGGUUCCGGGACCUAGUUGAAUUGGAGGUUCUGUACUUGGACCGAAACAGGGUCAACUACAUUGAAGAAGGGGCGUUUGAAAACCUAACCAGCCUGGUCUCUUUGCAUUUGAACAGUAACAACCUAACCACCCUACCUUUUUCUAUCUUCCAGCCAGUCUAUUUCCUGGGAAGGCUCUAUCUUUUCCGGAACCCCUGGGAGUGUGACUGCAGGCUCGAAUGGCUGAAAGAGUGGAUGGAGAAUUACAGACUUGUCAGGGAUAUUCCUUGUCUCUCCCCCUCCUCAGUAGCCGGUAUUGACUUGGCGGAUGUGCUGUUCGACAGAUCACCUGAAGGUUAUUGUCUUGACCCAGUGGAGUUAAACGUCACGUCCUACAGCCCAACCCCGACUGAAGAGCCUCACUCCACCACAGAGAGCAAGUUCAGCAGCCUUAUCUCCAAGCUCCUGCUCCAAGAGGGCCUUCCCGAGGAGGCGGCAAACACCACUGAAGCAUUAACCAACACCACCCUGUUGGACAGGCUAGGUGAUGAGGUUUCCUCAGGGGUGGGGGAAUAUGCUAUCUCCUGCUCUUUCCACCUUCUGGCACUCAUUACAGCUCAAGCAGCAAUGGUUCUGCAGAGUAAAUAACCCAAGGGCUGCCUCAAGCACGUUGCUAUGUAAGAACUGAGUUUCUGUAGAAUGUAAUCAUUAGAGAGGAGCUGAUGCUGCAGAGUUCAGAUGCUGAUCAGGCUCCUAAUUUCCCGGCAAUACAGGGGGUGUUUGGGUCCGGGAGUUUGGAAUGGGCACAUCUUUGGAAGUAACUAAUCGCCCAGAGGCAGGGAUUUUAUCUUUUUUGUGUUUGUGAAACCCCUUGUACAUUGACAGAGCAUUAUGAGA